AUGCAGAUCAACACAAUGCUUCCCCAAGUCCAAGGCCAAGACCCAUACAUCCUUGCCGUCCGAGGCGAGAAAGUGCCUCCCUAUCAGGCUGGCACAUCUCAGGAGGAUAGUGGUGAGACUGAGAGAAUAUCUAAUGAUAUACGCGACGAAACUCUCCCUCCGGCUCCGAUCUACAAUGGUCGGCUUCAGGAUGGACUGAAAGCUGUUAAACACCACCUUGCCAGUCUUGCCAGCACGAUGCACGUCUCGGAGUUGACGCAAGAUCAAUCGACGAGCCUACACACGCUAUGGAAGCGUACCGAAAAGAUGAGCAAAUUUGAAUAUCCAGAGACACGAACUGUGGGAUUUAUCGGAGACUCUGGAGUCGGCAAGAGUUCCUUAAUCAACUCACUUCUCGACCAGAAAAUCGCGCGAUCCAGCAGGGAGGGAGCUGCCUGCACCUGUGUGGUAACAGAAUUCCGCCACACUAAUGACGACCACAACGGUCCAUUCACCAUCGAAGCAGAAUUUAUGAACCCAGAGGAAAUGAGAGAGUUACUUGAGCAUCUCCUGCUGGAUUUCCGACAGUUCUACGUCCGUUCCCUAUAUAGGGAGCUUCAGACGAGCGAGGAACAACGAAAAUGCCAAGACGCAGCUGCUAAAGCAUGGGAAACACUUCAGUCGCUAUUCAAGAGUCAACCAAGACUUACAAUUGAGUUUUUAUCGAAUGAGGCUGAUGGUGCGCGCUUUGAUCUCCUUGCGCAGUUAGAGCGAUGGGCAUACGCCGGUUUAACAUACCGACAGGGUGGGUCUGAUGCACUCGAAUACUCAGUCAUUGCCGGUGACAUUGAAGAAUGUAAAUCUAUUCUGGACCAGCUUUCUGCUGAUGACCCAGGAAACGGUGGCCCCGCACUGUGGCCCUUUAUCAAGUUGAUUAGGGUAUACCUCAGUUCGCCUAUUUUGAGGACCGGGUUGGUUUUGACUGAUUUGCCCGGUCUCCGAGAUCUUAACUUUGCAAGAGUGCGAGCAACUGAAAGAUAUCUUGCUCAUCAAUGCGAUGAGGUCUUUAUUGUGGUGAAUAUUUCACGAGCUGGAUCGGACGAGUCUGUGGGAGACAUCAUGAGAAGAUGUAGAAGGGAUCAGCCACGAAGAAUUAUUUGCACGAAUUCAGAAAAUGUUUCAGCCGAAGAGGCCUCCCGUGAGAAGGGGCCAGACGGACGGCGUGUCCGGGAAAUGAACAAGGAAGUCGAAAAAGUGAAGGCCCAACACUUAAAGGCUAAGUCGCAAAGGAUGAAAUCGGAGGGCGAUGAUCGGCUCAAAUGGGGACUCGAAGAGUUGGAGCUCAGUGACAAAAUAGUGAAAUUGAAAUUCGACGUCACACGUUUCUUGAUCAAUCGGCGAAACCUCAACGUUUCACGCGAGCUUGCCAGAAGGUACGAAGGCGUCAAAGUAUUCUGUGUUGGCAAUGAACUAUACUCCGAGCUUCGGGCCGGCGAUCCGACCCAGGCAAAUAGAUACCUCGACCUGACUGGUAUACCAGAGCUUCGCCGCUAUUGCCAGCUAGUCCCAGCGGAAGCUCAAAUGCGCGCAACAACUGCGUUCCUGGAGGACGAAGUCCCGGCAAUGAUGGGCUCUAUUCGCCAGUGGGCAUUGUCUGGGACAGAUCCUGUCACUGCAGAAAAGGCUGCCGCCCUCCGCCGUGUUCUAAAUCAGUCUCAAGAGGCUCUUCGUCGGGAUUUUCAAUCGUCGCAAGCACAUGUUUCCUGCAUGUUUCAAGCCUUGAAAGUGCUGUUUCAUACUUCUAUUAUCUCAUGUAUCGAGAAUUCACGAACACAAUGGAAAGAGAAAAGCAUCGAAGUCAGUCGGCAGUGGAUAGGGUGGCACGUACACUCAUACGCUGUAUUCUGUCUCCAUUAUGGGUCCUGGAGUACCAAGUCACAUCCAAAUGAACGCCCCUGGAACGAGCAAUUCGUGCAGCAAAGCUACGAAGACUUGGAUCCCGUAUGGGAAAGAAUACUGGAAUGGCUGGAGUCGCAAGUUGAAACUCUGCCUGGGCAGGUCAACAUGUCAUUUGAAAGGCUGCUUCAGGAUAUCCAUGGGCAUCAGCAUCUUGCACCACACGCUCUGCAAAACAUUCUUCUGAGCAUGCGGCAUAGACGAGAGACUAUCAACACACACAUCAAGAAUGAGAUUCAAAGGUUUAUCUCGAGAACGCAAAAUACAAAGCGAGACAUGCUAGAGCACCACACCGAUUCAUUCAUCUCUAUUCUCAUGAAGCCAGCCUACAUCGCCUGUAACCAGGAGUCAGGGCCAGGCUGUGAUAAACGCCGAAAGAAUCACAUGGACGACCACCUGAGAAAUUCCAGGCUCUUUUCCAAAUACUCUGCGCAUGCUAAAGACGUCUACGAAUGGGUCAUAACUGAAAGCUUUAAAUCACUACAGGAAGAAAUUGAUAAACAGGUAGAAGGCAUUAUGAUAGAUUUCCACGCUGUGGUGGCGGAUGAAGGAGAAAUACCGGAGGCCGAACGGGCACCUGCAUUGGCAAAUGAACUGAGAUCUCUGCUCCAGAAUGGACAGGCUACUGUUGACAGUGCUCAAAGGAUUGCGCAAGAGCUCAAUGGGUCCCAUGGCUAA